UCUGCCGCGUGUCCCAAACACACCGGGAGCAGCUCCUCUGCUCUGCUUGUCUGGUUCUGCUGCAGAUUCGUUCUUCACGGUCCAGAACUCCGAACCGCCCCUUCACACACCUGGGUCUGAGGAGAGAGGCGUUCACGGACCCUCGGAGUUCACAGCUACUUGGAGGAGGAGGAGAUGCUGGGAGAAUGUCUGAGGAGGGGAGUGGAGACGAAGAGCGGGCCGGCCCGCUGGACAUAUCUACAUGAAACAUAUCUACAUGAGACGUAUUUGCUGGUUAUGACAUCAUCAGUCUGCUGGUCAUGACAUCAUCAGGCUGUUUAUCCUCAGACGUCACCGUUCCUGACAGCCCUGUUCAGGGGGACCCAGACCCCCUUGUGGCUACACGGUUCUGCGGUGGCUGGACGGCUCAGGGACCCACCCUGGAUGAUAGUGGUCACUCAGUGGGAAUCGAACGCUGAUUUCUGAUUUCUGCUGGUUUAGUUUGGGUGAACCAGGAUGUUUAUUUCUUUUCUUUUAUGAAGUUCCUGAAAUUUGGAAUGUUUUUAUACAAUCGCGUCCAGCAGGCAGCGGUAACCGAAAUAAACUCUAUUUCCCACAAUCCUUUGGGGUUUCCGGUUCCAGCUUGUUCGGAGUUCUAAGAUGGCGGACCGGCGGCGACGGAGGAGGCGCGCGUCCCAGGACAGCGAGGACGAGUCCGGGUCCGGGUCCGGUUCGGACAGUGGCAGGUCGGGAUCGCCGGCUACGAAGGCGCGAGGGCGGGACGUGGUUCCGGAGGAGCCGGUGGAGGCCCGGCGGGAGGAGGCGAAGAAGAGCGACGUGGAGUCCGAGUGUGAGAGCGAGGAUGAAGCUGAAGCUGUGCUCUCAGACUAUGACAGCGCCGAGCCUGAGGAGAACGGCUCCCCGUCAGAGGGAGCCGAGGAGGAAGCGGAGGGUUACAGCGAGGAAGAGGCUGUGGAGGCCGGCGAGUCCAAACCGUCUGCUGCGGUGGGGGAGGGCGGGCAGGAGGGGGAGGUAGAGGGGGAGGGGGACCACGAGAAAGAGGAAGGCAAAGCCGAAGAGAAGGGAAACCUGGCCGGGGAGAGGCAGAGCGGCGACGGACAGGAAUCCACGGACCACCCCGAGACCAAGGCGGCAGGAAAACCGGGCCAGCAGCUGGACGACGACGAGGACCGGAAAAACCCCGCCUACAUCCCCAGAAAGGGGCUGUUCUUCGAGCACGAUGUCCGAGGACCCGCCCAGGAGGAUGAGAGGCCCAAGGGGCGGAACAGGAAGCUGUGGAAGGACGAAGGCCGCUGGGAGCACGACCGCUUCAGGGAGGAGGAGCAAGCGCCCAAGAGCCGCGAGGAGCUCAUCGCCAUCUACGGCUACGACAUCCGGAACGGCGCCGGGCCCGCCUACAGGCAGCGCCAGCCCAGGCAGAACACGUCGCAGGGGAGGGACAAACGCUGGAGGGAGGGGGCGGAGCGACCCGCCCGAUCCUGGCAGAACCGGACAGGAGGAGCUCCGCCCUCAUCUGUCCCGCCCCCCUCCGCUUUCCCCCCUCUCUCUGCCGCUCAGCGCAACCACACCUCCAGAGCCCCCCCGUCCCGGAACAGACCCCCCCACCACAGUCAAGCUCACCCCCCCCCUCCGCCCAGGAACGAAGACGCUCCUCACAGGGAGCGGCAGGUGACCAAGACUCUGCCGGAGCCUGCAGGGGAGAGGGGCGGAGCCAGCAGAGGGGGGCGGGGUGCUGGAAAGGCCGGCUCCUCAGUGUUGGGGGAGGACGUUUCUCCGGACGGCGCCACAGAACCGCCACAGGACUCGAGUUCUGCAGUGCUGCUGCAGACGAGCAGGUUCCGGUCCGCCUCCCCCCGUCGGCAGGACACCAGGCCUUCUGCCCCCCCCCACGGCCCCCAGGCAUCUUCAGGUGGCUCCAACCCCGACGCCUCCCCUCCCCCCGAGCGGCCGGUGGAGAGGAAGUCCUACUCUCUGGCCCGCAGGACCCGGUCCCGGCCCGCCGACCUCGGCAGCAAACAGACCUCCGUGGAGGAGUCUGCAGCGGGUGGGAGCGCCUCCCCCAGCAGUGGGGGGGGUAAGGGCUGGAUAGGAGGAGGGGAGGGGGCAAGUCAGACGGGGGGAGGAACCUCGGAGCUGGACCAAGACGUGGCCCGCCUCAGUCUGUCUGGACCAAACUGGAGUCAGAACCCGGCGUCGUACGUCCGCUCCGAGGUCAGAGGCCUAGGAAACCCCGUGCACCUCCCUAAUGCACCCCCCCAGUUCUCCAGCAUGGACGACCUGGGCGGCGGCGCCGGUCGAGCCAAACGCUACUCCUCCCAGCGCCAGAGGGCGGUGCCAGAGCCAGCCCCGCCCAUGCACCUGGGGGUCAUGGAGGGACACUUCUACGAGCCCAUGUCAUAUCAGGGACCAAUCUACACCCACAGUGAUGGCCCCGCCCCUAUCCCGCCACAAAGCAUGCUGGUCCAGCCCGAGAUGCACCUCCCACAUCCUGCUCCGCCCCCUGCAGGACUUCAUCCCCAUCAAUCAGGCGGCCCCAUCGCUAACCCCACCCUCUACGGAGCCCCCCCUGUGUCGCUGUCACCAGGACAACCGCAGCAGCUACUGCCCCCACCUUUUUACCCUCCUCCUGGGGUAAUGACCUUCCCCUACCCCACCAUGUACCCCACCCCCCAGGGUCAGGCCCAGGUGACCUACGGGGGCGUGACGUACUACGACACCAUGCAGCAGCAGGCCCAGCCCAAGCCCUCGCCCCCCCGCCGCACGUCCCAGCCCGUCACGGUCAAACCGCCCCCCCCGGAGGUUCCCUUCGCCUCAGAGUGAGCCUGCCCCCAGCCUCAGCCCCCACCCUGGCGUGAACCUUACAGGAGGAGCCAGGGGGGGGGGAGUGGCCUGAACCAACACCGUAAGGAGGCGGGGCCAGAACACCGGGAGGGAGUGACCAUCAUCACAGCUGGAUGGCUGAUUUCCCACAAUCCCCUCUGACAGUGUCAUCGGGACGACUUGGACUCGACAGGCAGGAGAGUCCCCCCCCCUCCCCCCAUGACCGUCAGCUGGUGAAUACAGGACGCACCUGAAUGCAGCCCUGAGUGCGUUUGCAGUCGGCGUGGAGCUUUCAGUGCUCACUCCUCCUAAACUCCGGUUUCCUGCUGCACCUGAACGUGUGCUGAAACGGGAGGGGGGAGUACCUGGAGGGGGGGGGGGGUCUGUUGGUGCUGAGAUGAACAGUAAAAAUCAGAUUUCAUGUUUGGAAUGACUAAAUAACCAGAUUAAUUUAUAAUCUAGAGGAGAACUUCCUGUCACUCACGCUCCGGGGGGGGGGGCGUGUCCUAUACUGUAUAGCGUGUACAGGGUGGAGGCGGGACCGUCGGCAGGGACCUGCGUUUAUUUAGAGAAUCAUCAAAGUUUUAGAUGAAUGUGUUUCAUUUCUCAUAAACGUCACAAUUUUUUAUCUCCUAGCUGAAACGUUUUUGUUUAACGUCUGUGCUUUGAUGUCAAUAAAGUUUUUUUUGUCAGUCAA